AUAGGAUACAAUAUUCAUCUGGUGUUGUUGCCUAGAGUUUGUCCCAGCGGAGGGUUGGCUUCGGAUCUGCAGAGGCUUUAGGGACCUGCUCCAGCCACUGAGCACACUAGCCGUCUGAGACGGCAGCUGAGUUGCACUGUGCGACGCGACAGAGACUACAUUUCCCAGCAUUCCAGCGGCGCACACGGCGGACCACAGAUCCCAGCGCACCACAAAGAGGCCCGGGGACUACAAAUCCCAGCAUCCCCUGCACUCGGUUCCUCUGUAACUUAGACUCCAGUGUGCCGCGCAGUGUGCGCAAAUUCGCAAACCCGCCCGCUGAGUUGGUCGUUUCGGAAUCCCGAGACUUGAAACCCAGCGGGAAGACCCUUCUCACCCUCAAAAGAUGACAGCCCGCAGAGAGUUAACUUCUGUUUACAUGGAACUCAGACAUCUGCAAAUCAUGAUUUCAAGGCCAGAGAAUGGCAGGGGAACAGAAACCCUCAAGUAAUCUCCUGGAGCAGUUUAUUUUACUAGCCAAAGGUACCAGUGGCUCAGCCCUCACUGCUCUCAUAAGCCAGGUCUUAGAGGCUCCUGGAGUGUAUGUCUUUGGAGAACUUCUGGAGCUGGCCAACGUGCAGGAGCUUGCGGAAGGAGCUAAUGCUGCUUAUUUGCAGUUGUUGAACCUGUUUGCCUAUGGGACAUACCCAGAUUACAUAGCCAACAAGGAGAGCCUGCCAGAACUGAGCACAGCUCAGCAGAACAAGCUGAAGCAUCUUACCAUCGUGAGCUUGGCAUCAAGAAUGAAGUGUAUCCCCUACUCCGUGUUGCUGAAAGAUCUGGAGAUGCGGAAUCUCCGGGAACUAGAAGACCUCAUCAUUGAGGCUGUCUACACUGACAUCAUCCAGGGCAAGCUGGACCAGCGAAACCAGCUGCUGGAAGUGGAUUUCUGCAUUGGCCGUGACAUCCGAAAGAAGGAUAUCAAUAAUAUUGUCAAGACCCUGCAUGAAUGGUGUGAUGGCUGUGAAGCAGUUCUGCUGGGCAUCGAGCAGCAAGUUCUGAGAGCCAACCAGUACAAAGAGAACCACAACCGAACUCAACAGCAGGUAGAAGCAGAGGUUACCAACAUCAAGAAGACACUCAAAGCCACCGCAUCCUCCUCGGCUCAGGAGAUGGAGCAGCAGCUGGCUGAACGGGAGUGUCCCCCUCACGCUGAGCAGAGGCAGCCCACCAAGAAGAUGUCCAAAGUGAAAGGUCUGGUCUCCAGCCGCCACUAGGGCCGGCUGGGGCAGCUGGCACUCACCAGGCCUGGGUCAGGUGGGGAGGGGACACCAAGGGCCCAUUUCCUCCCCUCUCUACCUGCAGUGAGUUCCAGACCUGCCCGUCCCCUCACCAGCACCUCCCCACCCUGUUGGUACUGUUCCAGAAAAACUGUUACUCCCCCUCACCCACUCCGUCCUUCCCCAGUUGUUCCCUUCAGACUCAGGGGCUCCACCAAUGCCAUCCCAAAACAGGGUCAGACACUGCCCAGCUUCCCUCCAGGAGGUUCUUGUCUCUGUGUAAGGGCUUGUCUCCCUCCCAGUUUUUCUUUUGCUCCAUGUCAUUUUGUCAGGCUGGUUAUAAGCCGGAGGCAGCUUUAACCAGCCUCCAGGGAUGAUUGUGAAGGAGGCCCCUCCCCUUGUGAGGAGGGGGCGCUCCUCUCCAGCCCCUCGUACCACAGUCCUCACGAUGGUGCAGCGAUUUCUAGCCAGGCGUCAGGAUGCGCUGCUUUCCCUCUCCUGCCUCAUCCCUUGUUGGCAGCUCCAGUUCAGGCCGUGGAGGGACGUGAUGCUGGGCUGUGUUUACUAAACCCACGGGUUUUCAGCCUCUUAAGCCCAGCUCCGAUCUCCGAUUAGUUGGGAGCACUGGGUUGACUAACCUCUGGUAUCUGAGCACAGACAGAGGGUGCUGUGGAUCUGCUGGGUGGCAGAAAUGGUUCCUUCCGGCUUGGCGUUCUCUCCUGGCCACUCUUCCUGCUGCCUCUGACUACUCAGCCUUGUUUUUGGUGUGUAGGCCCCAGCUGCCUACUGGAACUGCCGGCUAAUGCUUGCUCUCCCAAGAUCUUUAACUCCUGGCUGCACCUGGGUAGGGAUGGUGGCACCGAUGCCCCUCUGUCUGCUGAAGGACCUGUUGCUGCUUCUGUCUUUUCACCCCUGCUUGGCUGAUGACCCAGAGCCCUCUGAUGAUGGCAUUCUCCUGGCAAGAGAAAAAGACUUAACUAGACUUCUGAACUUGAACAGUUUCAGGUUAUAUUUUAAUUUUUUUUUUUUGUACAGGUUCUGAUUCUAAUACAUUUCAACAUGCUUUUGUC